AUGGAGGUUGACAGCAUGUCUCAAUUAGAGAAAAAACGUGAAAGAGAGAAUAAAAUUAGUAAACUAAUGGGAGAGUACCUUCUCAAAGGAUACAAGAUGCUUGGCUCUACAUGUAAUGUUUGUGGGGUGAGUACUUUAAGAAAUUUUAGACAAUUAUUUGUAAAAGAAAUAAAAAGUCCCCCCCCCCUCAGGCUUCAGCAGGACCUGUUUAUAUGGAGGCAAGUUACCCGGCAAGGCGAGUUACUCCGCAACGGUGAGAUCCCAGCUGUUAUAGAAACUAAUAGUAAUCCCGGGUGACUGUUUACAUGAUGCAGCCGACAGUGCCGUAGCCAGAAUGGGGCACAUAUUCAUAUAUUCGUGUUCACAUACCAUAAAAACAAUUGAUUUCAAAAGAAAUUAAUAAAGCAGAACACGAAUAUAUGAAUAUGUGCCCCUCCCCAAUUAUCGUUCUGGCUACGGCACUGGCAGCCGAGUAACUCGCCUUGGCGAGUUCCUGUCAGAAAGAGGCGAGAUGGGCCGCCCAAGAUAGAAUGUAUAUGCUUUGCAUUUGAAAUAUAAUAGCUCAAAAAUACAUACGAAUUGAUAGAUAAGUUUUCCUGAAUUUCUCUGCACUUAUUCGUGUAUAUUUUGAACGACAUUUUGUAAUGUUUUUUAACAUUUCAAACGGCUUAGAUCCUUUUUGUGUUUUGGCGCCAUUUCGGCAUCAUGCAGCAGUCACACAGCAAAUGCCAAGUAACUUGGUUCCAUAUAAACAGAGCGCUUGUUUGUCCCGCCUGGGUGAGUAACUCACAUUGCCAGGUAACUCGUCUCCAUAUAAACCGGUCCCCAGUGUAGUUUGACUAGAAUAGAAUAGCUAGGUUGUAUUUGGACUUUGAGACAUUAGCUCUAACCUUGGGCAAUGAUGACCAAUCAGAGAAUGUUAUUCCCAUUGAAAUUGACUAAUCAGAGAGCAUCAUUCAUUUGUUUCAGGGACUAUAGCUCUCUGUUACUGUGUGACCUUUCUUGGGGGACAAGUACAUUUGUCACCAUGCAGUCGGUGUGACUUAACGUUGCCUUGUAUAACCAAACUGUUAAUCCUUUUUCAGACUAUACUGUUAAAAGACAGACAACAGCAAGACUACUGUAUUGGUUGCAGUGAAGUUGACAUACAUAUAGCACACAAUGGUAGGUCGAUUAGGGGUAAUAGCUGCACCCCCCCCCUCCCCCCCCCCCUUCUUCUCUUCAGUAUGUCUAUAGAACAAGUGAACAGUACUAUUUACUAAUUGAUGGGAAAUGUGUAGGGAACAAUGCAACCUAAUGGGUUGACGUGACACAUAGGCAGAUAGUGUGGUUAGUUAACUCAUUGAUGCCAACACUCUCCCCUUGACAAGUAAAAUUGUCAGGCGUCGGACAGAGUAAAAAGUGUAACUAGUACAUUAGGGUGCAUUUCUGGUCUUCAGUGGGUGGUGUAUUCUGUCCUGAUUAUAAACUACACAAAAUAUUUUUUACUGCAGUCUCUCAACAACAACCACAAGUCACUGAACAUGAAAGUUUACACAACAAAAAUCCAGAGUUUGAAAAUCACAGAGAAAAUGGUGGGCCAAGCUGUACAAAUGAAACCUUGAUGAAUGUACACAAAACAACACCCUUGACAGGUCCUGAAGACUCUGGUUUGACAACAGUCAACGAAGCGAUCUUCAAACUUCAAGAACGGCUCAUGUGGGCUGUUAAUCAACUUGGUGUUGCAAACUCAGUAGAAAUGGACAUCAAACUGUGUGAACUUAUUUCCAGCUGUGGCAAUGCUUUAAGAACAUUGAAGGACUUGCAACAUUAA